GCCGCCGCCGCCGAGGUGACUGAGGAGAGAGGCGCCUCCUCGCUCCCGCCGCCGCCGGACUUCAAUGCCCAGUCCCCAGCUCGCCAGCGUUUUUCGUUGGAAUAUACGUUGCACAUUUAUGGCGAUUCUGAGCGUGAGGGCAGACUUCUGCCAGGCUCAGCACAGCGUUUUUGCUGACAAGUGAGCUUGGGGGUUCUAUGUGCCAUAAUUAACAUUGCCUUGAAGACUCUGGACACCGAGACUGGCCUCAGAAAUAGUUUGCUUUUUUUUUUUUUUUUAAUUGCAAGUGUAUUUCUUUUAAUGACUCCAGUAAAAUUAAGCAUCAAGUAAACAAAAGUGGAACGCGACCUACACUUUUAACUUUUCUCACUAGUGCCUAAAUGUAGUAAAGGCUGCUUAAGUUUUGUAUGUAGUUGGAUUUUUUUUUUGGAGUCUGAAGGUAUCCAUCUGCAGACACUGAGGCCCAAGUUGAAUUUGGAUUCGAGUGGAUUCUAAAUACUGCAUAUUUUGAAGAGAGAAGCUUCAUAAGGAAUAAACAAGUUGAAUAGAGAAAACACUGAUCGAUAAUAGGCAUUUUAGUGGUCUUUUUAAUGUUUUCUGCUGUGAAACAUUUCAAGAUUUAUUGAUUUUUUUUCCUUUAUUUUCCCCAUCACACACACGCACGCACGCUCACUUUUUAAAUUUGCCAUAAUGAACCGUCCAGCCCCUGUGGAGAUCUCCUAUGAGAACAUGCGUUUUCUGAUAACUCACAACCCUACCAAUGCUACUCUCAACAAGUUCACAGAGGAACUUAAGAAGUAUGGAGUGACAACUUUGGUUCGAGUUUGUGAUGCUACAUAUGAUAAAGCUCCAGUUGAAAAAGAAGGAAUCCAUGUUCUAGAUUGGCCAUUUGAUGAUGGAGCUCCACCCCCUAAUCAGAUAGUAGAUGAUUGGCUAAACCUGUUAAAAACCAAAUUUCGUGAAGAGCCAGGUUGCUGUGUUGCAGUGCAUUGUGUUGCAGGAUUGGGAAGGGCACCUGUGCUGGUUGCACUUGCUUUGAUCGAAUGUGGAAUGAAGUACGAAGAUGCAGUUCAGUUUAUAAGACAAAAAAGAAGGGGAGCAUUCAAUUCCAAACAGCUGCUUUAUUUGGAGAAAUACCGACCUAAGAUGCGAUUACGCUUCAGAGAUACCAAUGGGCAUUGCUGUGUUCAGUAGAAAAAAAUGUAAACGAAGGCUGACUUGAUUGUGGCAUUUAGAGGGAACUCUUGGUACCUGGAAAUGUGAAUCUGGAAUCUUAACCUGUGUCAUCAAAGUAGUGAUGGAUUCAGUACUCCUCAACCACUCUCCUAAUGAUUGGAAAAAAGCAAACAAAAAAGAAAUCUCUCUAUAACAUAAAUAAAAUGUUAAGAAAAGAAAAAGAGAAAGAAAAAAGGGAUUAAUUCAGUGAAGGAUGAUUUUGCUCCUAGUUUUGGAAUUUGAAUUUCUGCCAGGAUUGAAUUAUUUCAAAAUCUCCUGUCUUUUUUAACGUUUUCAAAGUAGAUCUCUAAAGAAAACCAGUAGAACAUUAGCCUGUGCAGAACCAUCUGUUUGGGGAGCACAGUCUUUCAUUGUGCUUGGCACAUAGAUCUCCCUGUGGUGGGAUUUUCUUUUCUUCUUUCUUGGGGGGAGAAGGGUAUAUUUUCCCCCUCUUUUCUCCUUUCUCCUACUACCCGCCUCAUGGCCUUCCCCCUCCCCGCCGAUUUCCCCUGAUAAACAAAUUGUAGCUGGAAUAGGAUUGAAGCCCUUAUUGCUGUAGAUUUGUGUGCAGUCUGGCAGCCUUAAUCCCACCUGGACACUUUUAGAAAAAAAAAACCAACCAAAAAAAAAAAAAAAACAGUGGCAUAUAUACAUAUAUCAUAUGGUCCAGGUGAUUUUUAGUCUUUACUGAUGAUGGGGUGUUCAUGUUAAUUUCUUUUCCUCAAAAUCCUAUCUAAUAUUAGGCAAAGUAGCCAAGAGCCUUUUGUUUUGGUUAAUUAGUGGGGAAGUGGCAUUUUAAGAGGAGUCUCUCUUCUCAGAAACUUAGCUGAGAGUCGAAUUCUUCUCUUUCCCAACCAAUGAAGCUAAGUGGGUAUCCCAGAAAUUUGUUUUCUGAAGGGGAGGGCUCCAGGCCAUCACUAAGGAUGUGUCCGGGCAGAGAGUUAGCACACUUUCUACACCUGUAGAAUUGUGGGCUGUAGCAUUACUCUGAUUUUCUGUCUGCUGAUGUCAGAGAAAUGCUAGUAGUUUAAAAUUUUUUGUUUUAGGACUUAUUUGUACUAUGAAUUUUCAGGAAUGGUCGAGGGAGUAACAGCAAAUUCACAAAAUUUUGGACUUGAAAAAUGCCUUUGAUGGGUAUUUUCCAAACUGUCCCUUAUGUACAGUUCAGUUUAACCACUGAUUGCCUUGUUAUUUUCUUACUAGGUUCUUUUUGAGAGUUUUAAAAAAGAAAAAAUCGCUUGGUCAAAACCAACAAUGCCUAGUGAGUAUGUGUCCACAGGCCAUAACAGGGUAGAAGAGAGACAUCGUGCAACCCAGUGAGUAGCAAAGGGACUGUGUUGCUUGUGAAGUGGUAUAGUACCAUUUGUGCAGACUUUUUGCUGGGUUCAGUGUGCUGAUUUAGAAAAGCUGUUUUUCUACUCCUUUGCAGAAGACAGUUGUGACCCAGCUGUAUUGACAGAGCAAGUGGAGGGGCACCAUCAGGGGCUCUUGUACUCUUUUCUCCUAAAUAUUACGUACUAAUAGUGCCCUGCUUCUAAGGCUCUGAAUACAUGCUUAGAGUCAUCUUGUCCAGCUGGAAUUUGCUGUGCAGAGCCCUAAGCUUCUCAUUUUGUUAGCAUCAGCUAGGCCAGUGGGAAUAGACCAGGACCUGUCUCACACUGAUGAUACCUCAGACGUUGGCCGGCCAUGUGAACUGCCUAUUUCCUAUUGCCGGAGUUGUUUUGAUUUUUAACUAAAUGCAAAUCUGUAGAUUCUCUCCUCCCCCAUUCCACAAAACAAAAUAAUGCUUUUUGAACUUGUUCCUGGAAUUUUAAAGUAAAAAAUUAUGGUACUAUCCAAAAUUCUUUAUUUCAGAACAUGACAGUAGACUUAUUUAACAUAGACUCAAGAUCAAAACAGCAUACCCUCUAAGAUCAGAUUGACUGACUGUUGACUCCAAGGGUUUUGAUCAAUACAGUAACAAACCUUUUCCCUUUGGCGUGCUCUGAAUUUUGUUGUAUGGGGGGAGGGUGUGUGAGUGUUUGUCUGUGUGUGCGUCUGUGUGUAUGUGCACAAGCAGUGUCCGUCAGUAUCAGUGCCUGCCUGAGUUAGGAAAAUUACAUUCCUUGUUCUGUAUGAGGAGAAGGGUGUAUAAAGCAACAUGGAACAUUAGCCCUCAUUUUGUUUUAAAUUACAGACUAAUGUUAAUUGUUCUCAGAACUGGAUUUUUUUCCUCAAAAGUAAAACAGUUUUUUUUGGAUUUAAUGAAGUAUUGCUAGCUGAAGCCAGUUUGACAUGGUGAGAGAGAUGUCAGACUGAUGAGAGGUAUGCAGCCUGAUUUAAAACCAAACCCUGAACCCUUUUAAAGAACAAUAAAACAUAUUUUACACGCUC